UGAUAAAAUAAACACAGAGGGGCUGCUAGGAUUCUUCCUCUAUAAAAGCAUUCUAACUAAGAUGUGGCGAAAGACUGGGUAUUGGUUUUAAAGGGGAUAUUUGGACAAAGCGCAACCACAGCUCCCUUCAACACCAUGGCUCGUUCCAAGUCAUCCGGGACCUGCUGUAACCUGGUGAUGGCACUGCUGACCCUGUGGUCCAUGGUCUCCCUCAUCGUUAUCGUGGUGUGGGCCACCUCUCCUCACAUGAAGGGCGUGUCCCAGUGCAACGUAGCCCAACAGUCCCUGACGGAGAAGAUGGAGGGGGCGAAGGUUGUGUGGGAGAAGGAAAAGCAGGCCUUGCUGGAGUCUGUAAGGCUGAGCCAGGAGAACCAAACCACACUGCAGCAGGAGAUGGAGGUUGUCGUUGAGAGACUGAGAGAGAAUUACGUGUCCCUGAGCCUCAGCCUGCAGGAGAAUGCGAUGCUGCAUGCGAAUGAAACAGCACAAAGGAGGGCUAUUUUCCUGCACAGAGACACACAGAGAAAUAUGUCCCUAGAUCUGAGUCUACAGAGAGACCAUUUUGAGUGGUUACGAUUCAACUUCACCCAAGCUGUCCACCAGUCCCACUCCUGCUCUGCUUCAUGUGAUGCUUCAACUAGCCAGGCGGUGGCAGCAAUGAGUCAAAUGAAAGCCUGCGAGUCCAGCAAACACUAUAUGAUGACACAAAUGGAAAGAAGAGGUUGCAAGAUCAAUGGAUUGUCAUCCAGUACUUUUUGACUGUGAGGAGAGAAAUAUGAUGGCCACAUUGUUAAUCUGAAGGGUUUAUUAAUUCAUGUGAUUAACACAUACUUACUUCACCGUGCUCAGUGUGUACUGUUAUAUAUUAUAUAUUUCUGUAGGGUUGGAAACAUGUUGCACUGCUUUGCCAUGUGUCUGUGUUGUGUUAUUCCUCUGUGGAUAAAACACUCCUGGCGGUAGAUCAGCUUUAACAUUACAGAUAGAUGGUGGGUUCUAUCAAUGUAAUUGUCUGCAUCAUUUCUAAUCCCCCUUGUAUUUUUCACAAUACAGUAUUACACUCAU